ACACCACCAACCAGCAUGGAGAUAUCACGAGCUCUCGACCUCCCAGAAUGUUCGCCCAAUCUCAUGCCAUUCCACAUCUCUCACUCAGGGCCCGCGCCCAUAUCCACGUACUUUCGCGUCAAGCCCUCGCCUUCCAGCGCGCAUAUCACGCCCUUUCUUACACAAAACACGUCCGACAAAACAAACCUGUCUACAGACGACGACCAGAACACCCUCGUUGCUGAAGACUCUCAAUGUUCCCUGACCACAGUCGUCGAAUCACAGUCUUCUUCGCUGGAGGAGGAUUCACAGGCGUGUCCUGUAGCAGUGACAGCUAUGGUAGUUGACGUGGACACCGGGACUCAGGGGAGUUCAUCGAGCAAAGUAGCUCGCGCUCCCCCUGUGACGGCUUCAGUAGAAGGAAGUCUCAGGCAUAACUUCAUAGCGGCGUUCAGAGGGAGGCAGGUCCACGGUCGUACCGUGGACCUACCACACGGAUACGGUGGCAUAGUCCUGAGUGCACCAAGCGUUGAUCCAAAGAGUGGUGACACUGGGAUGGUUGAAGGAAUAACUCAAACAAGAGGCCAGGCCCGAACAACACGCCAAUCCAAUCGAAAGAUGGAGACAGAUGAGGAUGGCGCGAUGAACGCAGACGAUGACACUUCACAUGCUGAAACUCGGAGACUAACACCGGUCUCGAGAUUCUCUUCCUUAAAUGUUUGGUCACCAGACAUACCGGUGGAUGAAGGCAAAGAUGAGUACCUUAGGUCCUUGACGGAGUGGACAAAAUUGGCGGCAGAGAUUCACGCCUACAAGGCAUAACAAGGUGCUGGCCGGAAUUUCUUGGACGAAUAUGCAACCUCAGUGGUGGGUGCACUGUAAGAACGUUUGAACGACGUGGCACCGCGUAACCGUUGGGCCUAGUCACGUAGCUGGCACUUCUAGACCAAAUUGCUACUGUGAUUGCUGAAUUGCAACUUCUACAGGACGAUUCGAAGGAUAUUUCACGACCACUGUGAUAUGUUUUGCGCCAUGAACUAGUUAAAUGCGUUCUCUCUGCGAAAUUUUGAGAGGGAGUGCUCGUUCUCCAGCCACAGUGCUGGAGAAACUUUGUAAUUGAGAUUCACCGAGCCUAUCAACGUGAAGGCCUAUAUAGCGGCCUGCCUAUUCACAUGCGCACUUCUGUGGACGGCUACUAAGUAUUUUGUGAAGUGUGAACUAGAUCAUCCCUAAUAUUGGGCAAUGUGGGCAGUAGGGACCCAUAACGGGUACCUGUCC